UUAAGUAGAUUUUAAUUGCUGGAAUUUCAUUGAUUUAGCCUCAGGAGUUCAUAAUUUACUGGCUAACUGUCAUCAGAAGAAGUCUGCUGUGUCCUUUUUAAAAUCUUCUUUCAUUUCUCAAAAUAUGAGCGAACAGGCCAAAGCAGACACAUCGUGUGGGGAGUACAGCAGGGGUGCCCCUUGGUACCCCUUGAGAAAGUGGUGGCAUUUGAGCCAGCUUUUCAGUCGGGAUGCUGGCCUGCCAUCUUUCCUGGAGUCAGGGGAUGCUCGCUGGAUGGAUGUGGACUGGUUGCAGAGGAGUUUGGCAGCCUGCUCCUGGCCAGGGUACAUACCCGCUCCGCUGUUUGCGCCCUACAUCUCUGGGUCGAUGCAUCAUCCAAGCCAGACGAUUAGUAAGUGGAGGGUCAUCAUGGAUGUGGCUCACUUCUCCCCCUCAGAGAUUUCUCUCAGCAUCAGAGAUGGAUUCCUGGAAGUCAGAGGGAAGCACGAGGAGAGGCCAGACGAGCACGGAUUCAUUGCCAGAUGUUUUACAAGGAAGUACAGGCUCCCAGUGGAGAUGGAUGCUACCAAAAUCUCAUCCACAUUUUCUGUGGAUGGUUUCCUGAACGUGGAAGCUCCAGUUUCCGAAACGUCUGUCCCUGCUACAAUCCCCAUUCCCAUAAAGGUGAUAGUAGAGGAUAAUGGAGAACCGGAGGUAAAAGAUGAGAAAGAAGAAGAGAGCGGGAGAGCACCAGACCACCCAGAGUUUGCUUCCUCAGAGGAUCACGGGGAAGGCUCUUCAUUAGAAGUCCAUAGAGAUCAGGCCCAACCUGAAGGUGCCACAGUCGGGCUUCAGCAGCAUGAUGAGAGGACGGAAACAGAGGAGGAGACCCAUGAAAAGCCAGCUGGAGAUUCCCCCUCCUCAGUGCCUGCAGGUGACGAAAGCACAGACAGCCUUCAAGAUUCUUCGACAAAGCCGGAAACAGUGGAAAGCCAAGAAUGCCCAGACACAGACACAUCUAGACAGCCAGAACUCCAAAGGCCAGUCGUGGAUGAAGAGCUCCAGGUGAUGGUGAGCUCACGGGAGGCCGCUGAGAACAUAACUAAGCCUGGGGAACAGGUCCAGAGCCAGGAAUUGGAAGCAUCAAAUAUACAGCAAGAGAUCACUGAAUAAAAACAAUAUAAUGGUGAUAAAGUAA